CGUGCGACCCUACAUGUCCAGGAAAUUCGCGGAUCGCAGAGCGCAUCCAGCAAUUGAUGGAAAAGAUGCUAAACAACUGGGGAAUUGACAAGCAACGGGUCCACGUAAUUUUGCGUGACAACGCGGCAAAUAUGAAGAAAGCUAUGAGGGAUAUGGGGGUGCCGAGUGUGGGCUGUGUCGCCCAUUCCUGUCAACUCUGUGUGCAUGAGGGCCUGCUGUCUCAACGCAGCGUGACAGAGACCAUGGCCAACGCAAGGAAGAUUGUAGGCCAUUUUAAACACUCCCCGUUGGCCUACUCUCGACUAGAAGACAUACAGAUGGACCUAAAUAUGGAUACCAAGUGCCUACAGCAAGAUGUACAGGUGAGAUUCCUCUCGUAACAUUCUUUAAUGUAUUUCUAUUUUAUUAUUAUUUCCCAUACACUUGAUUUAGUAAGCCACUAAUACAUUACGUGCUCUGCACCUAAUUUGCACAAAAAUAAAGUGAAUCAUGUUCUCUUAUGUGCAGACACGAUGGAACAGCAGCCUCUAUAUGCUGCAGAGCCUACUGCAACAAAAACGUGCUCUUAGUGUCUUUGCAGCCGAGCACACUCUACCAGCAACACUGACAGCUCACCAGUGGGAGCUGAUGAAUAAGACUGCUGAUGUGCUAUCCCCCUUUGAAGAGCUGACCAGGGAUGUGAGCAGGGAGACUGCAACUGCAGCUGAUGUGAUCCCUGCCAUAACAGUCCUCAGACGUGUUCUGUCACGGGAGGAUGAUGAUGACCAGGGAAUAAAAACAAUGAAGAGGACUCUGCUGGAGGCAGUGGAGAAGCGCUUUGCUGAUGUUGAAACUGAGCCACUCUUCUACAUCGCCACUCUUCUAGAUCCCAGAUACAAAGAUGGGCAAGUAUAGUAAAAUUAAAAUGCACCUUUUGUACAUCAUGUUUAUAUAAAGUCAAGUCAUCACCACCAGACACCAGUAUUAAGCCAAUUUAUUUUUUACUUUCUUUUAAUUUAGUUU